AUGGUGGCGCCAACCGCUAACGGGCAGUACGCAACCGCCCUCCCGUCUUCCCCUGCUCCGUUCGCGCCCUCUGCUAACGACCAGCGCGGUCCAGCCCGCCAAUUUCCUCGCGCGCCCGCUCUUUCCCAUGAUGGAGCGCGCUGGGUUCUGGCUCCCUCAGCUCGGAGGGCCGUUAGAGCCACCGCCCAUGGCGGGCCGGGAGAAAGCUGCGCGCCGGGAGGGAUGAUGCUAGGGGCUGGAGCCCUCGCGGCUACGUUGCUGGUGUUGGUGCCGGUCACGGCGUUCCCCAUCCUGGGCCGAGUACUCGUCCUGGGGGAGCGGUGGCCGGGUGAGGAGAAGCUACGGCCGGCGGGGAAUGGGGUUAUGGAAAAGCACGUGGUGGAGUAUCAGCAGAUAUCAGUAGCAGACAUGAAAAAUAGUCCAUCAGUUGUUGAAAGGACAAAACGAUCAACAAAAGGAGAAAAUGUAGAAAUAUCUGUAGCUUAUUUGAAGCAUUUAACCUCUGCCCUUGUAGCAAGUGCUACUAUUUUUGGACUAGUUCUCUCAAUUUUGUCAUUGGCAGCAUGUUACUUGUACUAUAAAAGAAGGGAACUUAAACCCUUACUUGAUGUUGUACUGAAAGGUGGAGAAUCCCCACACAGAUCUAAACCCAAUGAUCCAAAUUGUUGUUCUCCUAUUUCUCUUUCUCAGUCUUUUCAUUUUGGACAAUCACAGGAAUCAAGCAAGAAUCAGACAGCAAUGGCAAAAAGUUCUAAAACUUCACCCGAAGAGCCAACAAGAAGUUACUCCGAUGAAAGCCCAUGCAAGAUAAAGAAAAGUAUAAUGCUGAUCCUGUGGAAAACAUAA